AUGUGGGAUGGAGAGUCUACUAGACCCGGCCAAGCACCGCCUUCGAUUUCCAUAGAAGAAAUGAUCGAGCAGAAUGUUGGUCGCAUAAACAUGACACAAGUCUUACAAGCCCUCCUCGCAUCACUACCUGCCUUUUUCGACAGUCAGCAAACAUACAUGAGUAUAUUUGCUCAUGCUCAACCAACAUGGCAUUGCACAAGUAAGCAUAAUAAUACCUCUUGUAUCUCUAAUGAGUCUAACAUAUGCACCCUUUCGAGGAACGAAUGGGCUUGGGAUAGUAGCAACGACGUGCAUAGCCAUACCUCAAUCAUAUCACAGUGGGAUCUCGAGUGUGCUAGUCCCUUCAUCACCGGCCUCCCUACAACUUGCUACUUUGUCGGAUGUCUAAUAGGCGGGUUGGUUCUAGCCACACUCGGUGAUUCAUCAUUAGGCCGAAAAAACCUCCUUUGCCUAUCUUCAUUGGUAAUGUCCCUUGCUGCACUAGCAUCUGCAUUUUCUUCCAAUAUUUGGGUGUAUUCGGUUUUCCGUUUCUUAAGUGGGGCGGGUCGUGCUCCAAUUGCAGUUUGUGCAAUGGUUUUGAUGACUGAAAGAGUAGGCAAAAGAUGGCGGUCACAAUUUGUUAUGGUAUUUUUUAUUCACUUCUCAUUUGGAAUCUUGGCACUAACUGGCGUUGCCUAUUUAACAAGGUCCUCGUCCUGGAGGACCUUGUAUUUAGGCAUUUCGAUUCCAGGAAUUAUUUGUUCCGUAUUAUGUUAUUUUUUCGUGUAUGAGUCCCCUAGAUGGUUGUUCAUGCAAGGGCGAGAAAAGGAAUCCAUGACCAUCUUAAGGAAAUUAGGAACAACAACUCAAGUUGACUCGGCCUCGAUUACUAUCACCAAUACUAAUACGACGCCCACCAACACUAGCCCCUUUGCAACACUUAAGAUUUUAAUCGAGAAAAAAUGGGCUCUACAACGAUUGUUGGCGUCUAUGGUCUUAUCAUUUGGGGUCGGUCUUAUGUACUUUGUCAUGUUUUUAGGUGUUGGUAAUUUGGGUUUUAAUAUCUACUUAACUUCGACAUUUAGUGCAUUGUUGUCCUUAGCCUCGUAUUUACUUACUUUCCUUUUUUGGAUCCAAAGAUGCAAUAGACGUGCCUCGUUGCUCGGGUUUUGUACCAUAAGUGGUGCAACUAGCAUAACAUUUUCCAUAAUAGGAAAACAUAGUCAUGAGGGAUUAUUUAUCGCGUUAGAGCUUGUGUCUUUAUUUUGUGCAUGUAUGGCGUACAACAUAGUGUUGAUGUAUGUUAUAGAGCUAUUUCCCACUUGUAUCAGAAAUUCAGCCUCAUCACUAGUACGGCAGACAAUGUUUUUAGGCUCGGUUUUCGACCCCGUGUUGAUCUUAUCCGGGAGGCGAAACAUGGUUUAUAGCUAUAGGGUGUUUGGUAUCACAAUGCUUCUUUGUGGUUUCCUAGUUAUUUUCUUACCUGAGACAAGAGGUGAGGUGCUUUGUGAUACCAUGGAGGAACAAGAGACUAGGGAUAGAAUAAAUGUGAAAUAACUAAAUAAGUGUUGUGUAACAAUUAUAUAAUUAUCAGAUCAACCGACAAUGAAGAAGCUAAGGAAAUAUUUACUUUUAGUGUUUUUUUAAUCAAAGCAAUACUUUGACUUUUAAUUUUAUUUUUUUUGAAGUUUUUUUUGAAGUUUUUUGACUUUUAAUUUCUAUUAUUGUAUAUUUAUUUUCUUUUUUUUUAAUUGAUAUGUUUAAACUUUUGACUCUGUUUACAACUUUUAGUUUAUACUUCUUCCGUUUCUUUUUAGUUGACACAUUUUUUUAGUCACGUUCACCAAUACACAAAUUUAAUCGUUAAUAUUUUUA